ACUGUGUAGAAAGACUCGAUUUAAGUAAUUACAGAAGCACAGCUAUUCCUGGAUCCUCACAAUGACAUAUUUUUACUUUCUUGGGUUCUUUAUACUAUGCCUUAAAAUGGAUACGUCUUUACAACAGGAAGGGAUAAUAUGUACAGCACCCGAGAUUGAAAAUGGUGAUGUGCUUGGACAAAUCCAAGAGUACAAAGAAAAUCAAGUCCUGGAGUUUCAGUGUAAACCCUCAUUUACACGCGCUGAAGCCAGAUCUUCAAAAUGCACAGAGCGAGGAGUAAGAGCAGAAUGGAGCCCCACACCUCUGUGUGAACCAAUAACAUGUAAACUACAACUGCCAGGGCUGAAAGGAACCAGCUAUGAACCUGCUUCUAGAAACACGUUUCUACCUGGUGACCAAGUGACAGUAACUUGUGAAGACAAGUACUGGAUUUUUGGGUAUCAACCGACCUCAGUCGUAACUACAUGCAAAGAGGACGGAGAGUGGACUAUCAGCCCUCUAUGCCAAGAGGUUACGUGCAGCACACAAGGAGUCCCACAUGUGUCUUCAUGGGACAGUCGUUGGCAGCAAACAUUCAAAUUGGGAGAGACGGAACGUUACUGGUGUGAGACAGGCUACAGGAAGAAAGAUGGCGCCAGCAGGGCCACAUGCACCCGAGAUGGAUGGCACCCAAAUCCACUUUGUGAAGGGAUAAUAUGUACAGCACCCGAGAUUGAAAAUGGUGAUGUGCCUUGGACAAAUCCAAGAGUACAUAGAAAAUCAAGUCCUGGAGUUUCAGUGUAA